CAUCACAAAGAAAUUGAAUAUGACCAUGCAGAAAUUUUCAUCAAUCCCCGCUUUCCCUUUUCAUAUAUAUUCAGAAGACUUUCUCUUUCUCUCUUUUAUAUGUACCUAAACUUCCUUUUUCAUUAUAUAAUAUUAACCCCCACUAUCUUCGCCAAAACAAUUAUCUACCUUCUCUUUGUCACCUUGUCUCCUUGAGCUGCAAAAAAAAUUUCACCAUAUUUUCAUAUUCACAUACUUUGUUGAUGAUCACCAUGCUAGCUAUGCUUCUUGUUGGAUGAUUUUCAUAAGGCCCUUUGUUUUGCAUGGCUGGUGAUACAGCAUCUUCCUUCUCCACUUGCAUGGCCAUUUUCUUCUCUUUGCUCCUACUUUCUCACUUCACUAUGGCCAUGCUAGAACACAAUAACUUUUCUCCUUCAACAUCUAACAAAGAGGGUGCCAAGAAGAGGAACACCAAAGUAGUUGCUUCAGCAAGAGAAGAAAGUGAACAAAAUUCCAAGAAGGAUAUGGCACUAGGAGACACUGGCAAAGGCAGCAUUCAUGUUCCAAAGAGAGAGCACUCUCAACACUCUCAAUCUCAAAACAGGAUCUUCAAUGCUAGUGCACAUGAAGUCCCAAGUGGUCCAAACCCCAUUUCAAACAGGUUAAUUGCUCACUGCACGCUAUAGUGAAAGGAGAAAUGAAGGAAAAGAGCAAGAAACCUCCCUCAACCACAACAUUGUUUUGCGUGAAAAAGUUUACAUGGAUUUGGCAUCCAAAGCAGCGUAUGAAGGGUCAAUAUCUUUCUUCCUCAAUAUCCCAAAAUAUCCUCACCACUUUCUCUGGAACUCCCUUGGUACCCUUUGUCCCAUUCCUUUUAAAAUUGAAGCAAAACAUGGCAAGCUGUCUCUCAACUCUUACAUCUCCAUCCAGUGUCUCUUUCUUCUUGUUGGAUAGUGGUAGUAUAUAUAGUACAUACAUACCUAUCUUGUUCAUCAAUCAUUAGAAUCUGACAAACUUAAUUGGAAAAAAAUACUGGUUAAUUUUAGUUGUUUUUCCUUGUCUAAAUGGUUGUGUAUUGUAUUUCUGGUAGCUAUGUUGGUACACUUGAAUCAUGAUUUCAAAGGUUGGGAUAAAGCUACCAAGAUUCCAAAGU